AUGGAAACAAUCAACUAUAAUCCCAACACUCAAGCCGAACAAGGAUCCUCGGGACCCAGGUUCUUUCCGGCCCAUCUCUUUGCUUUGUGCCGCUUCGAAAGUUUUGGAGAGAUUCAUUUUGAAUCACAUAUAUCCGCACACAUCAACCUGUCUAGAUCCCAACAUGGUUUCCGCCCAUCCCACUCUACUUCUAGGCACCUAACAAAACUAACGGACUUCAUUGUGGAUGAUUUUAACAACAACAAACCACCACUUCGCACAAUUCUGGCUUCGAUCGACAUCCCAAAACCCUUCGAAAAGACCUCCCGUCAUAUUCUUUCAGACAAGAUUACAGCGACGAGCAUUCCUCCAAUAAUUCAAAAAUGGCUCAAUUCAAAAAUGGUAAGACUGAGUCGCACUUUAUUCAUGUCGAGGAUGUCACACGCGCGUUACUUACCGAAUGGAGUCCCGCAAGGAUCGGCCCUCUCCCCGGCCUUGUUUAACCUCCGCCUGAGCAGUUUACCUGAGCUGGAAGACACUUUGAUCCUGUCUUAUGCUGAUGUUUUGAUCUUGGCGGCUCGGGACAAGAAGAUUUCAACUGCUUCCACACGCCUACAAACUCAUCUGGAUUUAUUGGAGUCUUGGCUUGUAACCAACCACCUCUCACCCUCUCCCUUCAAGUCCAGUGUUACGUUGUUCACCAGUGACCGUCGCCAACUAGACCAGCAUCCAGAGUUGAAAAUCUUUGGAGAACGCCUCCCCAUCUGA